UCGACUACCGCGCAUUUUUAUCCAGCACUACUCGUGUUGUGUUAAAGGCCAAGUUCGUUAACAAGGGUCUCCUGUCACGUUGCUUUUGUAUCAGAUGGAGCAAUGAUCACAAUGUUGUCAAUAACAAGUUGGUGAAAUCGUCCGGAAGUGUGCAAGUUUUGCCGCGGUACCGUCGCAAUGGCUGAUCCCAAGAUUGUCAUUAACCACUCAGUUUACUUGUAGUUCAGUCAUUCCGGUGUGCACCUAGUUAGCCCAAUCCCGAUGCCCGUUACGCAGAGGAUGCCGUUUAUGCGCCGCUCUGCGACCUUCUCAUAAGGCCACGUAACCAAUAACAAUUCAAGAUGGGGAAGUAGUGUGCUGGAAGAAAAGACUUGUUCGAUUCUAAUUAUGGAAGCGCGUGCUGAUGAGGCGCGAACAACAGUGUUGUUCAGGCCGGAUUUGGCAUUUCUAACGUCUUAAGAGCAUUGGAUCCAGUGGAGGAACUGGUAUAAUACGGCAAAGCGGGAAGAGAUAUUUUUGUAAUACGACUCGUCAUCCCGUUUUACCUUUCGGCAAUUACUGGAGCACCGGUACAGCGGCCUGUACACUAGUGCGCCGGUACAGCGUCACCACUCGUCAUACACCUGGCCGCUUCGUUAACCGCUCUCUGCUUCACUGACCACCAAUGAUAUAAUUAUGGCCAGGAUGGGGAGGAAAUGGGGAUUUUUCAAAUCAUCGGCUGUGAGCUGUUAAGUAACGAUUGUCAAUUUUUCUUUGAAUUUUCAACCGCUCGCUCUGAUUUCUUCUGCGCACACACGUACAGAGUAAUCAUGUUUCACAAUAAGGCAUUGUUUACUAUAGCCAGCAGCGAUACGGAGGAUAGUAUGGACGCGGGCAGUCAUAUUCGGGAUUUUUUUACACGCUCCCCGUCCACAUCCCGUCCAUCCUCGCCCAUAUCCACACCAAAAUCUUCUUUCCGCAAAAAAGCCCACACUACCCUGUCGCUGGAUACCAAUGCGUCGGUGAAUGUCAACCGCCCGGAUACACUGCUGUUCCGUGCACCUUCGGCGCGCGCCGUCUCCUCUCGUGGGCAGGCAGUGCCCAAACGAUUAUUAGUGCGCAAACAUACCCGCUCCGAGUCUAAUUUACUGGACUGGGUGCUGCGCUCGAAAUGCUGUAUUUCCUGCGACCACCGUCCAUCGGAUCCGGCCGUCAUGAAUAGUCGGCUGAUCGCCGAUGUCAUCACAUUGACACCGUUGUAUGUUGAUCCGGAGCGUGAAUCACUGGAGAUCCGGCGCAGUAUGCCGGCUGCACUCUCGCCGCUGCCGUGGGCGACACUUUGUGAGCCGGAGUAUCCAAAGUGGGUACGGGAUGCCUUUCGUCGUUCCCUCAAGUUACCGCGACCGGGUUUAUCGAAAGCGAAAAGUGAGGAUACAUCCCGCAGCUACACUAUUCCAAAUCUUCCAUUCCAACCUGCGGCGACAAGCACAUCCCUAACCGAGGAAAACUGUGAUGCAGUGAUGAUGAAACAAGCAACAUCUCAACCGUCUGCUUUGGAGUUGGCCGGAAUGCCGACACCCACUUCGUCGCCGAAACCCGAGCGCAAGCUGCAUUCACGCUUUUCCCUGCGAUCCGGACGACAUAGUAAUUACGCAACGGAGUCAUCCAUGUCAGACAAUCUCCUGGAAUCGCCUGUAAGUGCUGAAGAUCUUAUAGAAAGUGUUCCUCCUUCCGUCGAAAUCCUGCGUGCACGGAGACCAGCGUUAACCCCCACGCAGAGCUUUGCGGAAUCUCGCGCAUCCUCCGUUGGUAGCCGGGACAGUCAUGGAGAUGCCAACGACAGAAGUCCUGCGAUAUCAGCUCAACGCCGUCGAAGUUCGAUCGUGGUUAUUCCGCCCAUGCAGAUUUGCCCGGGAGAUCUCCUGGUGUACAACCAGAGUAUGGUUUGCAACACCAAACCACCCAAAUCUACCUCUUCAUUCGAAAAACACCUUUCCCCUGGAUCACCUGAUCUUGCCGGUUCGACCAUCAGUUUACCUAAUUCCGAGGCGAGCACGGGCGAAGGUCGCAAGAAGCACUGGUCCCUAAUGAAGCUGUUCGAUCGCUCAUCACGCAGCAAGGAAACCGGCAGUCUUGAAGACCAAUUGUUGACACUGAAAAUCUCGGAAUUUAAUGACGACGCACUGAUGCGCUACAAGGUCCUACACUGGAGUGAUAUAACCGCCAUGUCGGAUGAUCUCUCGGAAGCGGAAGUCAAGCGUAGAGAAGCCAUUUGGGAGAUGUUUCAAAGCGAGCUAGUGUUACUCUUGGACCAUCUGCUGGUAUUGAAGCAUGUUUAUCUGGAGCCGCUCAAACAGUUGCAGGUGGAAGGAUUUAUGAUGCAUGUAGCACCGGAAAAGCUUUUCGGCAAUUUGGACGAAUUAUGCUCGGCGAAUUACGAACUCUGUGCGGAUUUCGCCGAGAUAAUAGAACGAGCGGGAAAAGACAACGAAUUCGUUUCUGUUGACCGCAUUGUCGAAUUACUGCGCAAGAAUUCCCUGCAAGAUUUUGAAGCCGAUCGUGACACCGCUAUGGCCUUUCACCGCUACUGUUUAAACUACAUCAACGCACUCAACUAUCUGGAAAGUUUACGAAAACAUGAUGAUUUCAACGAAUAUGAAAAGUUUUGUAGUCAAGAUCGCCGAUGUCAUCGGUUACAGUUAACCGAUUUACUGGUGACACCCGUGCAGCACACGAUGAAACGACCGUUAUUGCUGCGGGAAAUCUGUAAACAUUCCGAAAAGUGCGGUUUCGACUGCACACAGCUCAGAUUGGUAUUAGAGGAAACGGAAUCGUCCUUGCGUGGUCUCGAUGAGAAAAUUAACUGGCUGAGAAAUUUUGAAAAAUUGCAAGCCAUUCAAAAGCAAUUAGUGUGGCCUUCUGUGAUAGAUUUGCAAGAUCCAAAGAUUUAUGUUCCCGAAGUGCUAAAGCAGCAUUUAGCCAAGCAGCCAUGCGAGGAUUUGAUCCUCAGUCCAAGACGCAUAAUUGUACAGGAAGGCCCGCUUUUUAUGAUUGAAAAUGGAAAACCGGUGGAAAUGCAAGUGUUUCUGUUUGACGAUAUGCUGCUGCUUACCAAAAAACGAAAAGGUUUAGUAAAAAAGAAGUCAUCCGUAUCGGAACAACAUGUGAUUGGUUCAUGGCCAAAUCAGGAAAGCUCAGCCCGGUUUGUGGUGUACAAACAGCCAAUGCCAUUGGACAGAAUAAUGGUACACGACAUGAGCCCCUCCGAGCAAUCCAAUCCUUUGCUAAAGAAUUCUCUGGUGAUCCUUCAUGUAUCCCGAUAUCAGCAGAUAAUAAGCGCGGUAACGCUGCAAGCUUCCAACGAAUCUGCAAAGAUCUUGUGGCUAACAAAACUGAGAUUUGCUAUGGAUCGAUGGAAGACAGCUCAUUUGGAAACCCAUCCGUCGUUCGCAGGGUGUGGCGGCGAUACACCGACUGUCAACCAUUUCUCAACAGUGUCCGAAUUCUGAAAAUGCACCAAAACAAAUUUUGCCCUCAAUGAAAUUCCAAUGCAUUCAAACUCAGCAAGUGAAUUUUUUAAUUUUAUAAAAUACAAUUAUUGAAAUUUUGUAUUACUCAGAGCUGUGGUAUAUGAUUUUGUUGCCUGCGACCCAUUGUUCAACGGGAUUGCUGAGUUCAACGUUUUGCGCUGUUUCCCAAAGAUACUUCAUGCAAACUGAGAACGAACAUUUGCUCCAGUUCGUAAUCACAGCUUAAAAUGCAGCUUUCUGCUAGAUAAAUUGCGCAAAAGCUCGAGUGGACUUCCUUCCUGUUUUGGCUUUUGAUUGUAAGCUCUAGCAUUCGAAGAUCUUUGCCGCGACUGUUGCCAGCUGACUUGCGAUGUCAAAUUUUUGCAUGUAAUUAAUUGCAGCUGCACAAGCCAGUUUUUGACCUAUGGGUCGCGAGACUCCAUAAAAUUUUUA